UUUUGCGUGAAAUGGGUUUUCAUCGGCUCUUCAAAGGCCUGUAUUUAAGACAAUACUUAAGACACAAACCAUUAUUAGUGCGCGAAUUGAGUGCAAACCGACGCCUAUAUCACGCAAAGCCGUCCGCAAAGCCAUCCAUCGCUUCAUGCCUGCUAUUGGUGAUACCGGGCGCCACCUUUUGUCUCGGCUGUUGGCAGGUAUACAGAAGGCAAUGGAAACUACAGCUCAUCGACCGCUUGGAACAGCUCGUCAGACAACCGGCCAUUGAUUUACCGCAACAUUUGGCUGAAGUGAAUGGUUUGGAGUACCAGAAAGUGAGACUCAGAGGACGGUUCGAUCACACGAUGGAAAUGUUUAUAAGUCCGCGAUCUUUGCUGAAACCAGAAGAGGACAGAAGU